UAAAACAUACAUACUUCCUCUUCCCAUUAGAAUCUCCCAAAUUUCGCCAUUUACAGCUUUCACGAAAUUCUGCGAUUUUGCAAAAGACCGAGCUUAGUAAAUUCGCAUAGCUUCAUAACUCUCUCUGCCGCCGCCCCCGCCACCCUUCUCUGUCUGUAAGUUCUGAAAAUAACUUACGAAACUAUUAUAACCUCAACAUUUUUCAUAGCCAUCAACAAUACAUAGUAUUCAACAAACAAAGUUUUCUGAAUUUUUUAUCAUACCAAAAUUUCCAUGGAAAUUCAACAUAUUGUUUCCGGGUUUUCUCCAAAAUUAUCUUAUGCACCAUCAAAUCCAAUUGGAAAACAGCUUAUCUCUUUGAAACUCCCUUCUUUACUUUCUUCUUCAUACCCUUCUCUACAAUCCCAAAAUUUUGCUGUUCCAAGUGGAGCUUUGUACCCUAUCAGCAUUGCAAAAAAAGACGGACUUUGUAGUUCUAGGAUUAGAGUAUGGUGCAGUAGUAGCAGUGAUACUGCUGAUCCAAGCAAUGGGCAUGAUGGGAGAAGGAAAAAGCUUGCUGUGUUUGUGUCUGGUGGAGGGUCGAACUUUAAAUCAAUUCACGAGGCAUCUAAACGGGGAUCACUUCGUGGAGAUGUUGUUGUAUUGGUCACAAAUAAAAGCGACUGUGGGGGUGCGGAGUAUGCAAGACAAAAUGGUAUACCGGUUAUUGUGUUCCCCAAAGCAAAAGACGGAUAUGAUGGAUUAAGUGCAAAUGACCUUGUUGAUACACUAAGGAGGUUCGAGGUUGAUUUUGUUCUAUUAGCUGGAUACCUCAAGCUUAUACCAGCGGAACUGAUCCGAGCUUACCAAAGAUCUAUAUUUAACAUCCAUCCAUCACUUCUUCCAGCUUUUGGAGGCAAGGGCUUCUAUGGGAUGAAAGUACACAAAGCAGUAAUUGCUUCUGGUGCAAGAUUUUCGGGUCCUACAAUUCAUUUUGUCGAUGAGCACUAUGACACAGGGCGUAUCCUUGCUCAGCGUGUUGUCCCUGUGCUUACUAAUGAUACACCAGAAGAGUUGGCUGCAAGAGUUCUAAGAGAGGAACACCAAUUAUAUGUUGAGGUGGUAGAGGCUUUAUGUGAAGACCGUAUAGUUUGGAGGAAAGAUGGCGUUCCUCUCAUCCAAAGGAAAGAAAAUCCUAAUGAAACUUGCUGAUUUAUCACUUUUAUGGGGAUUUUGGCCACAAGUUUGCUCUGAAAUCUUCAUAUCUCCACCGAAUAAGUAGCUAAGCAAUCGUAAGUAGUGAACUCAAGCAAUCAUGUGGCACCCCCUCUAAGAAUAUAAGUAGAAAACCUCACUUUUCUUUCCUAACCCAUUUGUUAUAGACGUAUGUUAAUUUACAUCUCGAAGGACCUUUGUGCUUAGCUACAAUGUGGUACUCCACAAGUGGCAAAUUUUGUAAUUUGAAUUGUGAUCAAGGCUAUUGACAUAAAACAAGAUUUAUCGCAGUGAACUCAUAUAAAGUGAGUAUAGUCUCUCCAUAGAGUAGCAAAUGGCAAUCUUGGUCCCCCUCCCAUGUGCAUUAUCAUACUGCACGAGUAUUGGUCCUCCUUAGAGAAAGUGACUGAAGUCUUUCCAUGGUGUAGCAAUCUUGAUCCCCUUCCACUUGUGCAUUCUCAUAUUGCAGAAGUAUUGUGGAGUGUUUGUGUGCUGCCUAUGCAAUGGCUUUUAAUUAUAAAUGACUUUAUGUGUAUGGUCUGUUGUUGUUUCUGAUUAUGGACAUAUUUGGAUUAACUUAUUGAGCCUAUUUACUGACAUAAACACUUGUGAUACUGUUCAUAAGCUGUUUUCAGCUCAUUUCCAUAAGCUCUUCAGGACAGCUUAUGUAAACAACUUAUAGACUAUACACUGUUUGAUUUUAUUUUAUCUUAUGUUAUACAUAUAACUUAUUCAUAA